GCCAGGUAAAGCACGUGCCGUCCAGUCCUGUGGUUGCUGCAGGUUUUGUUGGCGGCGGAGGCUCAGGUGUGGUUCUGGUGGUGUUGCGUGUGACGAGUGUGUCAUUGGUGCAAAGAGGGCUACCAGGGAGUCCGCUGUGACCAAUUUUUGCCGAAAACCGACUCAAUCUUGUCAGAUCCAAUGUUCUGGAGUAGACCUGCCUGGCCCAACGAAUCUUGAAAGCAGACCAUUUAGGAAUUGAAUUCAUGGAGAGCGAGGAAGUGUACCAGCGCCAGGUGCUGUCCAUCUCCUGCAUCGCCUUCGGCAUAGUCGUAGUGGGCAUGCUCUGUGCAGCGUUCUACUUCAAAACAAAGAAACAAACAAAGCAAAUCCAUGAACAGCUGAAAGAAACACAGAAUAGAAAAACCUACAGCCUAAAUGCUUCCAGCAUGAUGGCAAAGUCAGAGUGUGUGGCACAAAGCCGAGUCCAGCUGCAAAAUUAUUCAAAAUCAGAUAGGCAUCCUGGGCCGAUUCUGGACAAAGUUAUGGAAUCUAGUUUUUCAGGCCCGCAGUCUUUCCCAGAGGCCUUGUCUCCUGACAGAGGAACCCAGCCCAGCCGGCAGCCCAGAAGUCUCUCUUCAUGCUGCAGCCCAGGACAAAAAAGUGGGAUGCUACAUAGAAAUGCCUUUCGGAGGACUCCUCCCUUACCUCGGGGCAGGUUCAAUGGAAUCACAGGACCAGCAUAUCAACAGCUAGAAGAGUCGAGGAUCACAGACCAGGACACAAUACCUUGUCAUGGGUAUUCAUCCACUGGUUUAAAAACUGCUCAGAAUACUUCAAUAAAUAUGCAACUGCCUUCAAGAGAGACAACCCCUUAUUUUAAUAGCGUGGAUCAGAAGGACUUGGUCGGCUACUCGUCCCCAAGGGCCAGCUCGGUCCCCAUCAUCCCGUCGGUGGGCUUGGACGAGGCCUGCAUGCAGAUGCAAAGCGUGUCUGAAGUAACGGGCAUCAAGUGGUGCAAAAACUCCUACUCAGCUGAACUUGUCAAUGUGAGUUCCCCGGUCAGUAAUUGUCUUAUAGCAGAACAACACGAAGUGAAAAUAUUGCUAGAAACUGUCCAGGAGCAGAUCCGGAUUCUGAGAGCCGCGAGGCGGCCGGAGGACGCGGAGCUGGCGGAGCGCGGCGCGGGGGCGGCCUUCCUGCCCCUUAGCCCCCCGGGCAGGGCCGGGCCCGGCGCCCGCCCCCCCCCGCAAACCCAACCGCAGAGAGACUCGGGAUUGACCCAGUGACUUCGUGUGGGGCUGUGGGAGGGGAAGCGAGAUCUGUGCGUCGGAUGCUUUGCUAAACAGGAAGGGAGGAAAUGAAAUACAAAUUAUUUAUAUGCAUUAAUUUAAGAGCAUCUACUUAGAAGAAACCAAAUAGUCAACCGCCCUCAUAUCAUAGUGUUUUUUAACAAAAUAUUUUUUUAAGGGAGAAGUUCCAGGAGGGAUGAAACGUCCAUCAGGUGCUGUCUAGGCAGGAUUCCACAUACAGUUUCAGUUCCAGAGCAUUUUGCCGUGGUCCCGUUUGGCUGUCCGAAGGCUUAGGCUAUGCAUCCUUUUUUCAGUAAAGGCCACGACCAUUCUUAGAUUCAUUUCUGGUUUCAGGGCAAUGCUGCAGGAAAGCUGCUGGCCGGGGAUUCAGACCCUAGGAAGCAAGUUCCGUGACCCCAGCACAGACCUGGUCCCCUCUCCCCCUCUCCUUUUGGUUCCAGGUCCAUGGAAACAGGCACACAGACACCUGCUUCUGAGGUCUGGUACCUUCUGGGGAAUGACAAUAAAUCCCUAAAUUGACCCAGAUUCUUCACUCUCUAUUUUACUUUAAUGUGUCAGUCAGCCCAAGAAAAUCAGUGAAAACUUCUAGGAGUUUUGGGUUUGGCCAAGCGUGGAGCAGGAUUGGGGUCCGUAGAGACGCAGCAGUCAGGAGCCCGCAGCUGCUCCAUCUUCUGUGCUUUGCCUAUAUCAGAGCUGCCUUGCUAGAGAGUGAGGAGGAACAAGAAAAAGUGCAAAAGUCUGUGUGUUACAACAGGUUUGGGGUUUUGGUUUGGGAUUUUUUAAGUGGGAACAUAAACUGUGUUGUUUGUUACCGACCCCUCAACAUUUCUAAACUGUUAUACUUUGAAGACAUUUGUAAGCUCUCAAGGAGCACUUCUGAGUGUGUGUGUGGUUUUUUUAACUUAUUUUUUAUUAUAGGUUGUUCAGAGAAGAGUCAGGGAGAUGCAAUAUGAUCAAAAUCCAGCCAAUAAGUGUCCACACUGCCCUAAUUUGUUCCCACUUUCAGUUCUCCAGUCACUUUAAUUAAUUGUGGCUCAGGCUUGUGAACUUUAAAGCUUCAGCCCUGCAGAUGGUUCGGCAUGGGCAGACCCACAAGCACGCACAGAUCCAGUUCUCAUGGGGCUAUAUAAGAGCAGAUGUUUUCCACCAAAUCGCUCCCUGCAGGGGAUCGAGGCCUUAGAGAAGAAAUGCCAUUUCCUGGUUGCCGUAUCCCAAUCACAUUUAUAAGCAUUUUUUGCAUUUGCUUUUGAGUCCCUCUUCCCCCCAUAAAUUGUACACAGUAUGCCAAUAAUGCAAUUAAUUGGGUUCAGUGACACACACAUUACUGGUUUUAUUAGUAUUAAAAUAUCUGCUUAUUCGUGGGGAAAAAGAAAAUAAACUAUAAUAAAUAACUGCUAAAUAGCCUUCCCCGGUUAAUGUCAGAAGAUUGAUUAAAAAAAAAAAAUUUACAGUAUAUACAGAAUGUAUUAAAAUAUUCCUUUGCAGCAAAAUAAUUGUUAAAUUUAUUAAUGUGCCCCAGACUUUCCAGUUCACAAGUCUCAAGGCUUCCCAGAAUAGCACAAUCGAUCACACAGUGCUGUUGUAUGUUGAGUCAGAAUAAAGCAAUAUUUUAACCUCUGUCAAGUAAAUUUGGAAAAGAAAUGCUGAAGGUGUAUGUCAUUUUUUUUUUUUGUUGUUGUUAAGGCAGUAAAAAAUUACUACUCACAGUCUUCAUUCAGCAAGUCUUAUUUUGGGUUUCUUUUGCAGUUUUGGUUUUGGUUUUUUUUAAGAUAAAGUUGAUGAAAUUGUCUUGUUUACAUAACUUUCUAUGGCUGUAAUCUUUGCUGUGUGUUUUCAGUAGAAAUAUAUUUGAGGGCAAACUGUGCUUUAUGCCCCAGGGCGGAGCGUGCCCCGUGCAGCCUCCCUUCCUCACGGGCACGGAGCAGCGAGGCGGGAUGGCCGCAGGAGCGGGCUAACCCCGAGGUGUUGCUGCAGUGCCUCGUGGCUGGGCACGGCCUCGCUGUGCAUGGGCUGACCUGACCGGGGUGGCUAUGGCCCCAAGCCCACACCAAAUAAACCCUCGGAAGGACGAGGUGUGUUAGGUGGGGCUCGGCUUUGCAUCCCUACAGGUUGUGACUCUUCUGUCAACGCCGUGAUGCAUCCCACCAGCUCAGGACAUGAGCAGGGUGAGCUUGCCUCUGCCCGUAAGCCCUGUGACUAUACCUGUAAUGUAAACACUGGCUGCUAUAUAAAGCUCUGACUCAGUGAUUUGUAAAGUGCAAUCACAACAAUUAAUUGUUCACCAUUAAUUUAAUCAAGAGAUGAUCUCUCUGCAGUGAAGUGCAGAAUCCUGCCCAAAUAGAUGUUUCAAAAUUAAAUCUUUUCACCUUCUCGCCCCCAAAUCCUACCAAACUCUGCAAAUUCAGCUUUGGCAAUGUAUUGGAAACACACAGCAAGAUUUCUGUUGAAGAACCGUAUCAUAAGCAAUGCCUUUAUGGAGAGAAUGUGUUCACUCGGCACCCCCAAGAGACCCAGAAAGGGGAAGAGCGAUGUAUUUAAGAGAAUGAAAUGUUUGACUGAAUGACAGAUGAAGAUCUGAAAUGGUGAGGAUAUCUUCAGUUCCUGUUAGAUCUUGUACUCGGCAAAGGAUGUGUGACUGUUAUAUGUUAACUGUUCUAUUCAGUUUUCAGCAUGUUUGAAUAGAGAGACGUUAAUAUUAACCAUAUGACAGACUAGUGUAUUAUUUGUUAAGAGUACCACUUCAGAUCCUGGUGAAACUGUCGUUGUUUGCAGGGGGAAAGGAAGUGUCGAACACAUCAAACUAGGUGGCCUUAACGUCCUUUGUGUGUUUCUCUAAUGCAGCUGUUUUCCUCCAUGGACCCUCCUGUUUUACAGUGAAUGGGACAACAUCUUCUCUGAGGUCUGGUAAUUAAUUAUGUAGAGGACACACAAGAAGCUGUACUCAAACAGAUGAAAUGGUAGGGCGAAUUUUGCUUUAGUUCUUGACCCCUGUGGUCCAUUGAGCUCAGUGGAUCGGAAGGGAUGUGAGUCAACGCACAAUGCAGUUCUUUCCUAAAAUUACAUCUGUUCCCAGCCUUGGAAACAGACUGUAAUCCCCCUGAAAGAGGCUCUGAACUCAGUCGUUUACCUGUAACAUAAAUAAAAGUUAUAUCUGACCUAUGAAGUUCCAAGUGUAGUCUGGUGUGAAAAUUCACACAUGCAGCAUUACACUCAAAUGAACUGGGAGAACAGCUAACUAAAUAAAUUGAACUUUCUCUGAACUGAACAGAGAGAGUCUGUGUCUCUUCAGCAUAAUUCUGUGGAGCAGAAUUAUGAAAGAAGUGUAUAUCAUGAUUAAUUUUUUUCCUUCUGUAUAGGAUUUAUUUAAAACAAUCCAAAAUAACCCUAAAACCCCCCGGUAGAAUGAUCCCAGCAUUUGAAAUAGGAAAUGUAGGUGAGUAUGGGUGCGUUUCAUAGCAUUAACCACUGAAAAAAACUUCAGUACACCCAUGACCCAAAGCUGAGGUGUUCUAAUUCUUGCACAAUCACAUUUAGAUCAACAGAUGCAUCCAUGGAAAAGGAGCAGUUCAGAACACUCUUCAGGCACCUAGCCACGCUCUCAGCUGAGGUAGU